GAGCCAUGUGCUCCUCUGUGCAGUCUCUCUCGCUCUCUCUCUCUCUCUAUCUCUCCACUGCCUAAGCCAGUGUGGCCCCAUAAGUCCUGAAAGCAAUAAGACUACAGCUACACUGCCGCCUUGCAGCUGUGGGAGAAGAUCCGGACGUCGCCGGGUGCCGUAGCAGGACGGGGCGGUUACUGUACCCUCCGAGGGGUUCGUCCGAAAGGCGCGUGUGCUCCUGAAGGCCGCUGUGCGGGAAUCGCGGUCCUGCGGUCCUGUGAGCCUGCGGUGGGGAGAUGGAGAGCUGGCACAUCGAGGACGACCGGCUGCACUUCCCCCGCUCCAUGCCGCUCAGCUUCAGCCUGUACGAGCGGGAGGUGCCCAACCGCGUGGAGAUCUUCGACAUCACCAGCAUCCCCGGCUGCCGCACCGCCAUCUCGGAGACCACCUGUCUGUGCGACAUUUUCGGGGACGACUGCGAGUCGCCCUCCCCAUCCUGCAGCCCCCCCUCUGGGUCGCUGGCUAAGGCAGAGCGAGGCAAGUUCACGCCGGCAGACGACACCCCGAACGGCUCGUCCGGGCCUUACCACGCCGCCAACGGCCACGAGCAGCUGAGCGACUCCAGCGACACGUUUGAAGACUCUCAGGAAGCCCUCACCCCUGUACCUUUACUGACUGUCUCCUUACCUGAAGCCAGAGGUGCAUCGCCCUUGUCCAAACCCAAUGGUACUGACCUCCCCUCUAACCCCCCGGCCACUCUCUCCUCAGCUCAAUCCAAGGGAACUGCCCCGUUACCAAGGAGUGUAGCCCCUGUAUCUCUCUCACCUGAACCCAGGAGCAUUAACAUCACCCCCAAUCAUAGUACUGCCACCUCUCACAACCCAGGCAUCGAAUUCCCUUCACUUGAGACCAGCUGUUCAGGUUUGUCAUCUGAACACAGGAGCAACAACAUCCCUCCUAAAUCUGUAACUGCCCCCCCUUACAAGUGCAGGGACACAGCCCCCUCACCUGAACCCAGAGACACAGAUACCUUUUAUGAAACAGCUACUACCCCGACUCCUGUAGACUGGGAUAUAUUGCAUACAACUGAUCCAAGAGGCAGACAACCCUGGAUUACUGCCACCAAACCUGAACCCAGAUCGACACCACAAGAACUACAAGCCAGGGUUACACCCUCCAUACUAGAACCUAGUGUUGCAUCAUUAAAAACACAAUCUAGUGCUAAUCCCGUUGAGAUAGAAUUCAGUAUUGAAAUCCCAGAACCUAGACAUACCUCUCCUGAACUAGAACCAAGAGCUACACACCCAGAGUCAUGCCCAAGGGCUAAAUCCCCAGAACUAAAACCAAUAACUAAACUAGAACCCAGUGCUCCACUUCCGGAGCCAGAAUCAAGGGCAAUACCUUCCAAAUUAGAAUCUAAUUUUACAUCCAUAGAACCAGCCCCCAGGGCUAAAUCCCCAGAAAUAAAACCCAGUGCUAUAUACCCCAGAAAGGAUUUGAGUACUACAUUGCUUGAACCAGAACCUAGAGGUAGAUUACCAGCUCAGGAAUUUGGAAAUCCAUCUCCAGAACCAGAACGUAGUGCUACAUCCUCAGAACCAGAAUUUAGGACUCCAUCUCCAGAACCAGAACCAAGUACUACAUACUCACAACUAGAAUCCAGGGAUAUAUCCUCCAAAUUAGAAAAUAGUUUUACAUCCUUAGAACCAGAACCCAGAGGUAAAUCCCCAGGAAUAAAAACAAGAAGUACAUCCAAAUUUGAAUCUAGUGGUAGAUCCCCAGAACCAGAAUCCAGGGCUUUUGCCUAUAAAUUAGAACCUCGUUUUACAUCAUUGGAUGGAUCUGGAGAUGAAUCCCCAGAAAUAAAACCCAGUGCUAUAUACCCCAAAUUAAGUGCUACAUGGCCAGAAUCAGAACAUAGUGGUAGAUUACCGGAACCAGAAUUUAAGACUUCAUCUCCAGAACCAGAACUUGGUGAUAGAUCCCCAGAACCAGAAUUUAGAAAUCCAUCUCCAGAUCCCGAACUUAGUAAUACAUCAUCAGAAGCAGAAUUUAGGACUCCAUCUCCAGAACAUAGUGGUAGAUCCCCAGAACCAGAAAGCAGGGCUUUAUCCUACAAAUUAGAACCUAGUUUUACAUCCUUAGAACCGGAACCCAGAGGUAAAUCCCCAGAAAUAAAACCUAAUGCCAUAUCCCCACAAAAAGAACUGAGUGCCAUAUUGCCAGAACAAGAACCUCAUGGUAGAUUCUCAGAGCCAGGAUUUAGAAAUCCAUCUCCAGAACCAGAACGUAGUUCGACAUCCUCAGAACCAGAAUUUAGGACUCCAUCUCCAGAGCCUCAUACUACAUCCCCAGAACCAGAUCCCAGAAUUAAAUCCUCAGAAAUAAAACCCAGUGCUAUAUCCCCCCAAAAAGAACUGAGUGCUACAUCACCAGAACCAGAAUUUAGGACUCCGUCUCCAGAACCAGAACUUAGUGGUAGAUCCCGAGAACCAGAAUUUAGUAAUCCAUCUCCAGAACCAGAACUUAGUGGUAGAUCCCCAGAACCAGAAUUUAGGAAUCCAUCUCCAGAACAUAGUACAACAUCCUCUGAAUCUGAAUUUAGGACUCCACCUCAAGAACUUGGAUCCCCUAAACCUGAACCAAGAUCUACUUUCCCAGAACUGAACACGAUCCAUCCAUCACCAGAAGGAAGGAUCUCUGCCAAUUCCCCCAAACCCAGGAGAUCUGAGGUCUCCGUUGAACCUAAGGAUACUGCCACCUUAGCUCAAUCCAAAGAAACUGUUAUAUUCCCAGAAACAACAACAACUGAAACCAGGGCUAGUGGUCUCAUACAAGACUCCAGGACAACGGAUCCCUCACAUGGACCAAGACAAACUAACCCUUCGCCAGAACUCAGAAGCACCAGUCUCUCCCUUGAAUCUAAGACUGCCCCCCAUGGAUUAGAAACCAGGUGCUUCAUCACCUCACCUGAGAGCACCAUUCUCUCCCACGGACAACAGAAUUCAGAAUCUGAAUCUAGAUACCCCACUAUGUCUGCAGAGUCCAAAAAUUCAGGAACAGCCGUGGUGUUGGAGCUCAAAGAUCAGGAUAAUUUACAUAAACCUACAGCUGAACCCUCAUAUACGCGCUGCCCACCCAAGCCCUGUGACAAAGAGGCGGGGAGAGUGACUGUUGUUCAGGCUAAUAGCAGUGCUACAGAGGGGCUUCAGUCUGCACAGCCUCUGUUCGCCUCAGGAGCAGACUUAAUCAGACCCCCUGGGACCCAAAAGAGCAAGGCAGUCAGCUGCCCACACGAGCCUGAAAUGUCCACCUCUGGGGAAAGCCCCACUGUGCACCCCAGACAGGGGGGCAGCCAGCCUCACUGGGACAAGGGGCUGAGGGAGGGGGAAGAGGAGGAGGAGGAGCAUAAAAGAGAGGAGCUGGGAGGAGAUGAGGGGGAGGGGAACCGGGAAAAGGCCAGUUACAGAGAGCAACAGGUUGAGCUGUCAUUCAGUGCCAGGAAUAGAAGAGCGCCUGUGAGUCCCAGUUCGGCAGCCACAUGCAGGGAGCUUCGGACGGGAAUGCCAGCUGGUUGUUAUUCAGACUGUCUCCUUGUAACCCAGCAGCGACAGCAGCAAAAUCCGCUCAGACUUCACAACUCGCAGAGGGAGAACCAGGCUUGCGCCAGGAAGCCUCGACUGGUUCCUCGGCCCACCAGAAGCAGCGCUAGCCGCCCUGCCCCCGAAUACUCCAGUGAAAUUUCCAGCAUGGGCAGUGAGUUGGAUGAAGCCGACAACGAGGUGAAAUGGUUUACAGAUGUGGCCUUCAGAAGCCUUUCCAGUCCUCAGGCAGACUACCUGGAUGUAUAUAACUCCAGCCACAGGUCCUCCACGAAUGUAUCUCAGCUCUCCACAGAGGACAGCCCCAGAGCCAGUGCUUGGUCGGCAUAUGCGGACCUGCGGGGCUCGACCCGCUACGAAGGCGACAGUCUCCCCCACCAGCCGCCCACGGGCCUGGCCCCGAACAGGCCGGACGUGACCAGGCGCUUUGAGAUGGGCAGCUUCGAAUGCGUGGACGUAGCGCUGGAGAGCCGGGAGGACUUCCGGAGAGGGAAGAGGACGGUGCCAAAGAGGCAGAUCCAACUGAAGCGACGGGACACCAGCGAAUCACAGUGCAGUGAGAACGAUGAUGCUGCCAACGAGGCUGCGCCAGCGCAGAGACUUUCGCGGGAUGUGUUAGUGCGCCAGCACAGCACCCCAGCUGCCAUCCAGGAGCAGUCGUACAAGGAAGUCAAACCCGAACCAAGUGACAGGAAGCAGAAACUUCAAAAGUCCCUCUCCUUGGAUGAGACAUCGAGCAAAAACAAAACUGCCUCCUGCCUGAUCAAGAGCGUCCUCUCCAAGAAGAUGCAGCACAACCCGAAUCUCACCAGCUCACAUCCAUCUCUCCAGACUGAAGACUCCAGCACCUCUGUGGGGAAGAAUGUGCCCCCCGAAGGCUCCCAGUCAGUUAGAGAGACUCCCAAAAUGAGUGGCGAGCUCCCCUCAGACUGCAGUCUUUCGGAAGAAGAGCUCCCACUCCAGCUGGAACCUGCCCCGCAGAGUAGCCCAGUGAAACGGCACAGGAGCUUCGACCCCAGACCACAGCCAAAACCGGUGUGUAGACACAGCUACAGUCCACUCCAGAGUGGCGCAAGCAGUGUUGAAUUUCAGAAAAAUAACAUAGGGAAGCAGGGCAUGAGGUCCGAGCUGGUCGUCCCGUUUGAGAGUGCACCGAUGGAGAAACAUAGUGGUAGAGAGACAUGGAAGCAGAGCACCAGAGAGACAGAGAAACAGUGGAGCAAAGAAAAAGAGGAAAAGGGUGAUAAAGAAAUGGAAAAACAAAGCAACAAAGAAAUUGAGAAACAGAGCUACAGCGAAUGGCAAAGGAGCAACAGAGGUACAGAGAAACAGAGAGGCAGAGAUGGGGUAAAACAGCAGACCAAUGAGAACCUGUGUAAGAAGCACUCCGGUGACUCAGCAAAUGCCAUCUCCCGGAACACCGCUGUUACCCGAGCCCCAGUCACUCCAAGUGGAAUGACAAACAGAAUCCAGGAAUGCUAUACCAGGUCAGAAAACUAUAAACAACAGAGUGCCAGGAACAUUUUCAUGUCCAAAACGCCGGAAAUAAUGCUCAAGACUUGCACUACCAGGGAGACGAAAAAGAGUUCCUUGCAGAUCGACUGCCUCCCUGGCGACUCAGAACCAAAACAGGAAGAGAGGCGCGUGGCCCCCUCGCCCGAGGGACCUCCAGAAAAAGAAAUGCACAACUACAAAAUGGAGAAGACUGAUGGACACACAGAGAAUGGGGAAGUAUUUGAGAAGAACAAACCCAAAGGUCCCGUACACAAGGUGAGGGAUGUGAGGAAGCUGGUGAAGAAUACCUAUAAUCUGUCAUUCAAGGCCUCUGCAGUUCUGGCACAGGACUCCAUCUCCCAAGCUGCGGUCCUGGUGCAGGACUCCAUUUCCCAGGCUGCAGUGCUGGCGCAGGACUCCAUUUCCCGGGCUGCAGUGGAAAAGCCCCCGCCCAUGCAGAUUGAGUACAUCAGUCGGAAGGUAGAGGGGCCUGUGGCCAGCCGGCCAGGAGAGAGGCAGGCAGCGGGAAAGAAGCUGGUGUCUUCACAGGAACCUACACAGGUGUCUGGUCAGGUGCGUUCACAGGAACCUACACGGGUGUCUGCAUGGACGCAUCAACAGGUGUCUCCACAGGUGUCAGUGCAGGUGCGUGCACAGGAACCUACACAGGUGUCUGCAUGGGUGCGUUCACAGGAGCUCACACAGGUGUCUGCCCAGGUGCGUUCACAGGAACCCACACAGGUGUCUGCACGGAGGCAUUCAAAGGGGCUUCCACAGGUGCCAGCACAAGUGCCUUCACAGGAACCUACACAGGUGUCUGGCCAGGUGCCUUCACAGGAACCUACACAGGUGCCUCAGAUGUCUGCGCAGGUGCAUCCACAGGUGUCUCCACAGGUGUCUCCACCGGUGUCUGUGCAGGUGGGUUCACAGGAAUCUACACAGGAGCCUGUGCAGGUGCAUUCACAGGAGCCUACACAGGGGUCUACACAGAAGGUCACACAAACCACCUCCCUUCUCAUCACGCCAAGGGGCUGUUUGGCCGAAGCUGGGGCAGUCGACACUGUGGCCACAGAAACCAACAAUGCAGCCGUGUCGCAGUCAGACGGCCACGUGGAUAAAGUGUCUCGGGGGGGCACUCGCCACCCCAAGCUGGGCAGCACCCCCAAACUCCCCAGCAAGGACAGGGAAGUGUCCACUCUGAUGUACUUGCAGAACGGACCGUCGGAGGGUGGGCUUGAGCCCGGAGCGCUGCCGCCUAUAGGCCUGACCGCCACCAACUGCAGCCGCUCGGUCUCCAUGCUCCUGAAGGAGAAGGGCUUCCAGGCGGACAUCGGAGUCUGCGAUGCCCCAGCUGAUGAGCCCAAUGCUGCCCCAAAACACAUCAACAAGCUGGAGGUGCCCCUUCAGACCUGCUCCACAGAGGAGGCCCCGUCUGAGCCCUCAGACCCUGUCCCACCCCCUGCUCGCACCUCCCCCUCAGCCGCCACCCCACUGAUGGACCCUGGGGAGGAACGCCACCCUCGGAACCCCACCCCUCCUGAGUCCAGGGGGGUCAAUCUUGAGAGGACAAGUCUGAAAGCUAGAGAGAACAACACAAGGGCUAAGGACACAAGCCCGAGUUCACCGCAGACACCAGUUGCACCAUCAGCAACAUCCAGUAACAAGCUGACAGAUGUGAAAACGGUUUCCACCUGCACAAGGAAAACUGUAGUAGCAGCAACAGGAUCAACAACAUCCAGCUGUGGGCAACAACCAGCAUCUGCAGCAACAGAACUCCAAAGCGACACACAAACAUCAACCGUGCUAGCAACGUCCAGCAAGACCAUUCGGCCUGCAUUGUCUCCAACCUCACGUCACAAACAAAAGCCUCUUUCACCCAGCAACCUGCAGCAGCCAAAUUUGACCCACAGUGACACACAGGAACAGGUGGUUUCGUCCUGUAGUUCGUCCUGCAGCCAGUCGUCACUAUCAACGACAACGCAAUCCCCAAGCAGCCCGCAGCAGCCGGCUAUCAGCAUAACAUCCACCAAGCGAGCUGAGAGCGGCAGUCAGCGGUACUACGCUUCAGACGACCCGCCGAGCUACGACGAACGGGAGAGCUUCAGCCCGCUGCUGCUGACGGACCUGUACAACAGGAAACCGAACCGCUACCACCCACCCAUCCAAGCUCCACCCUGUUCCUGUGUCCCCGUCCACGCACCCCCUGAUCUCACGCCUCCCGCACCUGGGCCCACAAUCGUCCCGGCUCCGUCCUCACACGCUCAAGCUCCACCUUCGCUUGCAGCUCCACCCCCGGCUCGCCACCACCACCAUCAGCAGCAGCGCUCAGACGCCCGCUCUCUGAGCUACAAGCCUGGCUCCCCCAACGCUGUCCAGCCAAACCUCGCCCAGCCCUCGCACAUGUACCAGUCUCUUCAGCACCCACCGCCUGGUCUGCCAGCCUUCCCCCCUCCACUACAGCAGCCGCGCCCCGACAUCAGCAGGGGGCAGCCCCCCCCAGGCCCACCGGCAGACAGACGGUCGGGACACCACCGCUCCCCCCAGCAACCCGCUUCACUGUCGGGCAGCAGCACCUAUUCCAGUCACUCCACCACCUCACCUGGUGUGCCCCCGUUGGACGUGAGGCCGCAGUACCUGUGCAGCCCCCAGGGGUUUGUGUCCCCUUACGGCUCUGAGUUCGGCAGCGAGGGAGGGGGGGGCGGCGGGAUGAUGUACCCCGAGGGUGGGGGCGGCCUGGGGUACGGGCAGAACCAGCGGCGCGUGCUGCUCGACCCGGAAACCGGGAAGUACUUCUACAUCGAGGUGCCCAUGCAGCCUCUGCGCAAGAUGCUGUUCGACCCGGAGACGGGUCAGUACGUGGAAGUGCUGAUCCCGCAGCAGACGCUGCCGCACUCCGGCAUGUACCCCCCCGUCGCCGCCCCUUACCCCUCCAUGCACAACCCCGGCAUGUACGCUCCACAGUACCUGCCCUACUCCGUGCCCUCCCACUCCCAGCCCCCGUCACCUCGACACCCCGAUGCCCCGCCCCCGCAAGGAAUACACCAGAACAGCGGUGGGUUUGGGACCCCCAGGACCCAGACCCCGAAAUCCGAGUCCCAGAACCACCCGCCGCUGGAUCAGAGCUACCUGGAGAGCAUGUACUACAUUCCCACCGGAAUGACUGCGAGUCCGAACCCCGCCCCUCCGGAAUUCUAUCAGAAAUUACCCCCCAGCCUGCCAAACUCGGGGGGUAAAAGGUCCUGAAUGAAGCAACAAACCUGGUAUGUGAGUCAGCCAAUCAAUAUUUAUGAGGAGCUUUUCACUAAAAACUCGGAAGUUCAUGUUGGACCUGAUGUGAGGGGUCUAUUUUUUUUCUCUGGUUGAUUCUCUCCAUGCGUAUGUUGACUCUGUCUUCCUGAACUUUCUGUGCUUUGUGUCAAUAUCUACAAGAGAGAUAGAAGCCAGAUACACCUGGUUUUGACGAGAAAUCAGGAAAAACAUGCAAAAAGGACACUAUUGGUGCAGGGAAUAUGUGAACACUUCCUAUUUGGAGAAUCAGCGCACUUGCCUACUACUGAGUGCACAAGUUGUAUACGAGUUGUGUACUCAAUAUUUGGCAAGUAUGUUCUGUGUGGUGAAGCACUUUUUUGUACGUUGGAACUGUGGACACUUCCUGUAUGGCAAACAUGUGGACUUGCUGUGUGCUGAAGAUGUGGGCACUUCCUGUGCAGUGGAGAUGUGGACUUCCUGAGUAGUGGAAACAGUAUGUUAGGCUUCAUGUUGUAGGGCAGGGAUGUCAAACUCAAUUCCCAGGGGGCCACAAUGUCUGCAGGUUUUUGUGGUUUCCUGACAAUUUAGUCAAUUAGCCAAUCAAUGACUUGAAUGAACCACAGAUGCUGAGAACAACCCGAAAACCAGCAGACACUGCGGCCCUCCAGGACUGGAGAUUGCCACCUGUGUUGUAGGGCAAAGACUGAACAGGAUAUUUUGCAUUUUGCAUGGCUUGGUAAAGUCACCUCUCUUCAGCCCCUUGUAAGAGACUGACCAUUGUUUCUUUUUCAACCCCUUCUUGUGUCUCACUUGCUUUGAUUGCCUUUUAUUGAAUACAUAUUUAACAGUAGCUUGAGCGAAGAUUGCAAGCUCAUGUCCACCGUAUGAGCUGAGCACUUCACGUGUCUUUGUACACGUCCGUACGGGACGGGCUUAAACUACUCCUGCAGUGAAAUCUAGUUCUGUUGCUGCAUUUUUAAUAUUUAUUUUGGAGGUGCUAAUUGUUUGUCACCCAGACAGGAUAAGGCACAUAGAUUUUGGGGGAUGGAGCCAGGAUGUACUCCUUCUUACAUUUCCUCCCAAAGAUUUGCUGCAUGGCAACUUCGGAAAUGUUUUUGGUUUUCCAAAGUGAGAAUGACAUGCAUAGUACCCUUGUUAUUUUGUGAGUUUGUUACCUUUGCUCUUGUUAAUAACGGCGAGGGGUUUGUGUGUACAGAGAAAAUGUAAUUUGUAAUAAGCGAGUCAUUUCACCAGAGAGUACUGUGAUGCACUGAGUAAUGUAAUAACAUCCUGUUACAAAAUACUGUGAGAAAGCAGCUAAUCACGUCAUCUGAUCACGGACUCUGUAGAAGAGAACUGACCCCCAUCUGAUCACGGACUCUGUCUCCGGAGAACUGACUGAUCAGUUUCCUGGAUGUUUGGAUCUGACGCAAAUAAGAGCACUUGUCGAGCUCCAACUUCCCGAGUGCUUUCAUUGACUGCCGUGGUUAUAGAGUUACUGAGCAUGCUCAAGGGACAACUCUCGGUUUCCACGGAAACCAUAUCACACCUCAGUCUCUUCACCGCGAUGCGGUCAGUCUACCUGGCGCAGCUGAUCACCUUUCAGGUGAUAUCACCUGUCCAACGGCUGCUCAACCUUUAUCACUGGUUAAAAUGGACUUCAAAUCUAAGAAUGAAUUCAUACGCAAAUAACAUUGAGUAUUUCCCCCAGUGCUUCAGAAUUGCAUGUGACUUUUGUACACAAAUGACAAAGACCUUAUAUAACCUCAAUAAAGAUUAUAUAUUUCUCAA